AUGUCGCACGGAACUCUUCAAGUUACUGUUGUCGAAGGUCGAAAUCUCAAAGAUAAAGAUACUUUCGGUCAAAAUGAUGCUUAUAUUGAAUUAUACUUAGAUAAAGAUUAUAAACAACGCACAUCAAUCAUCAAAGAUACAAAUUCACCUACAUGGAAUGAAACAUUUAAUUUUAAUUUAUUAAAAGGACAAGAUCAUUUACAUAUCAAAGUAUAUGAUGAAGACAUAGUUGGUAAAGAUUCAAUCGGUUCAGCUAACGAGGGAACAUUCCCAACUGUCACAUUGCUUUUGAGUCGAGUGUAUGUGAAUCAUGCUGGUGGUCAUUUAGAUGAAUGGGUUAAAUUACCUGCUCAUCUUGGUCUUGGUUCACAUGGUGAAAUUCAUCUUAUUUUACGACUUACUUAA